UGACAGCACCACCAGCCCGCACCAGAUCGCCCUCAGCACCAGAACCUUCAUAUCCCCCCCCAGGUCCGCGUGGCACAGCCAAAAAAAAAACAGCCAACAGGACGGAACAGGAGACGAAUACGGGAGGAGCCCCCAGCACCUCAAGACCCACUGCGGGAUUAAAGCUGGGAGGCUCCCCUUCCUCCAUCCCCAUCACCACCACCUCCAGGCUGGGACACAGAGAGGGACAACCUGUCCAUCCACACCACCACCACCUCCAGGCUGGGACACAGAGAGGGACAACCUGUCCAUCCACACCAUCACCACCUCCAGGCUGGGACACAGAGAGGGACAACCUGUCCAUCCACACCAUCACCACCUCCAGGCUGGGACACAGAGAGGGACAACCUGUCCAUCCACACCAUCACCACCUCCGGGCUGGGACACAGAGAGGGACAACCUGUCCAUCCACACCAUCACCACCUCCAGGCUGGGAGGGAGAGUUCUACGGACAAAAAUAGUCAUGGCAGAUGCCAACUUUGAGAGAGAGUUUCUGGACGCCCACAAUGAGUACCGGACCAAACACCAGGUCCCGAGCCUGACGCUGAGCCGAGAGCUCUGCACGUCCGCGCAGGCCUGGGCCGACCACCUGCUGAGCAUCAAAGGCCUGCAGCACAGCGACACCAAGAACGGGGAGAACCUCUACUACUCCUGGAGCUCCGGGCCCAAGACGCUGAACGGAAAGGAGUCGGUGGACAAAUGGUACGAUGAGAUCAAAGAUUACAGUUUCGACAACCCAGGAUUUAAGUCAAACGCAGGACAUUUCACCCAGGUGGUGUGGAAGGAAAGUACUGAGGUGGGAGUAGGCCUGGCCACUGACGGGAAUACAGUCUUUGUGGUGGGCCAGUACAGUCCUGCAGGAAACAUGACCAACCAGGGCUACUUUGAGAGGAACGUCCUGCCUGCAGUGACCGGAAGUGAAGGGGAGACAGAGCCCAGUGGUGUUGCCCCAAAGUCCCCCACGCACACAAAGCCAGGCUGCUCUCUGCUAUAACGCUGCCUAGGGAGUCUGCUUGCACUCCUCACUACAUCAUCACGCGCACAUAGCUUGGUGCACACUUCUAUUCAGCCAACUUAGAGUAACUGUUGCACGCUUUUACUUGCAUAUUACAGGCAUUUAGAUGCUUUAUGCUUUUGUGCUAACCAAUAUAUGUUAUACUGCAUACCCAGUCAUAUGCAUAUUGCCUAUUGUAAAAAGUUACACUACUCCAGACAACUUAAUAAAAAAUGGUUACUGCUAUUC